AUGGAAAGCACAAAAGCAUCUGACUCUAGAUCAAGAUCAGAAUCAGAAUCAGACUCUAAUGAGUUAUUCUCUAACUUAACUCAUCCUGAAGUAGAGUUAUGUCUGACUGAGAUUCUUGGAAUGUAUCAGAGGCUUCAUAAUAGGUACAAGGAUUUGAAACAAAUUCAUGUAGCUGAGUCUGAAGCCCAUAGUGACCUAAAGAAAGAAAUCUCCACUCUAAAAGAAAAAGUUUGCAAUCUUAAAAAAGAUAACUCUGCCCUCAAAAGCAAGAGUAAAGAACUUGAAAAAGAGAUUCUUUCAGAAACUCCUAUGGACUCUGAAUCUGUUAUUAAGAAAUAUGACAUGUUUUUUUUUCUCAGAGAGAGAGAGAGAGAGUACAUUGGGAUGUAUAAUGGUUUGACUUUAUCAUCCUCACAGAAGCAUAUUCCAUUAUCCAAUGAGGUGCUUGAGAUCGUCGUCAAUGGAGUUACACAAUUAGGGGCAGAGACUACCGACAUUCAAAGAGCUACACACAAAGAAGAGAAGAAGAAGGAUUACAAAGCCCUAUUCUUGAUUCAUUCGUGUGUUGAUAACAACAAUUUCGAGAAGGUUGGCGAUUGUGAAUCGGCGAAGCAAGCAUGGGAAAUCUUGGAGAAAGCAUAUGUCGGUGCCGUCAAAGCGAAGGUUGUAAGAUUACAAACUUACAAGCGACAGUUCGAGUUAACACAAAUGGAAGACAAAGAAAUGAUCAAUGACUACAUUACGCGCAUUACCCGGUUAGUUAAUCAAAUCAAAUCUUGUGGGGAAACGAUUCUUGAGCAGAAUGUUGUAUCGAAAGUAUUGCCUUCAUUAACGUCGCGUUUCAACAACAUAGUUGUGGCUAUUGAAGAAUCAAAGGAUCUAACAACUUUGAGCAAGGAUGAAUUGCAAAGUUCGUUAGAGGCACAUGAACAAAGGAUGGAUGAGAGAGGCACCGACAAAGCCAAAUCGGAGAUUGCUUUGCAAGCGUGUUUCAAUGAAAAGAAUAAGAGGUCGAAAGGAAAAUUUGCGGCGAGAGGUAAAUCAAAUUUUCAGAAUGUUGGUUCAAAGGAUUCGCAAAAUUCAAAGCAUUCGACGAGUGAAAAGGGUGAAAGUAGCUCCAAGGAUAGUGGUCAUAGCAAUGAUUUUAAGAAGCGUGAUGUGAGUAAGGUGCAAUGCUACAAGUGCAGAAAGUUUGGACACUUUGCAAAUUUGUGUCGUGGUAAAUCGAAUGAGAAUCACAAUAAUGAAGCCAAGGUUGCUAGGGAAGAGGUAGAUGAUGAGGACACACUUCUAGUAAUGAUCACAGAGGAGAGUUAUGGCAUUACGGAUGUUCCGGGCAGCAACUACAGCAGUGACAGUUUGCGGGACAGCAGCUGUACCGUUCCGGAAAAUAGCGAGAAAACGCCUUUGGAUCGAACUGCAUUGGUUACCGUUCGUGAUGGAGUCCAAGGGAGAGAUGAGUGGUACUUGGAUUCCGGUUGUUCAACACAUAUGAAGGGUCGAAAAGAUUGGUUUGUGCAAAUCAAUCAAGCGGCAAAAAGUAAAGUCAAAUUUGUCGACGACACCACUUUAAGCGCCGAAUGGGUAGGAGAUGUUUUGAUCGGAAAAAGGAAUGAUGGAGAUUCAAGGAUCAAAGAUGUCUUGUAUAUACCGGGAAUUAAGUGUAAUCUUUUAAGCAUUGGCCAAUUACUUGAAAGAGGGUACAAAAUUCGUUUGGAGGACAAGAUUUUACGCAUUUUGGAUUCAAAUGGUGUGUUGAUUCUAAAAGCGCCGAUGACUGCCAAUAGAACCUUUAAGGUUGAGUUAAAGGUUAUGGAGCAUCGUUGUCUAAGAUAG